AUGGCAUACUUGCCCAAGGGGCUCCAAGAGCGGACGAGAGCGUACGGGAAAUUCAUCCCAUGGGCUUCGCAGGGCCAGGUGCUGAGCCACUCGGCGUGUGGGGUCUAUGUGACACACUGCAGGUACAACUCGGUGUUAAAGGGCGUGGCGGGUGGUGUGCCGAUGGUAUGCAAGCCAUUUUGGGCGGACAACAUGAUGAAUGGGAGGAUGAUAGAGGAAGUGUGGGGGAUUGGAGUGAAAGUAGAAGGUGGGAUCAUAACGAAGAGUGGGAUGGAGAAGGCAUUGGAGGUGGUGUUGAGGGGUGAGGAUGGGAAGGCAAUGAGGAAGAAGGUUGGUGAGUUGAGGGAGAGAUUGGUGGAGGCUGCUGGACCCGAUGGGAGUGCUGAGGCCGAUUUCAAGGUCCUUGUGGAGCUCAUCUCCUUCAUGAAGCGCAUCAUGCACUAG